CGAAACGCACGCACGGAGGCGCACAUGCUCUCGCGUCCUGGCGCGUUAUAGUUUGCGUCACCUUCAUUUUGAAACGCGUGUUUGCGCAGUGAAGCGUGAAAAUGGAUGACGCCUUCACGGUCCAGUUAGUAAAGAGCACCACCACUAGAACAGCUUCUUCUACAUUAGUCAUUUGAAUUUGAGACAAUGCUGCUGUAUGAAGAGUUCAACCCGAGGAGCACGCGGUUGUUUGACACUCACUGUCUUUUCAUCGUCAUUAUCCCAGAACGAACCCAAAGCCGAACCACAGUCACGGGUCCUCGUGUGUCGUGGCAGAGCAGCGGCCACAAGAUGUCAGCAGAUCCCUCCGCAUAACGAGCCGCCGGCGGCAGGCUGAUCCCCAGUCGGUCCAGGAGUCACAUUACCUGAGGGCCCGCGGCCAACUCUGGAGCGAGGCGAACCGACCCUGGAUCAGUGAGCGGAGCCGCGGUCGGCGUUUGGUCAUUUCUGCCGCUCUCGAACUCUUCUCCGUGACGUUUUCUUGAUUAUUUAUCUUAUCUGCUGAUGGCUGUGAUUGUAGUUGACCCCCCGUCAGUUCAAGUCAUUUCAUAUAAUCACCCACGUUAAACACCAGUAAUUCUCUGGGUUUUUACGCUUUAAACGCAGUGAUUUGGCGUUGACCGUGACGGACCAUUAGCUGAGUCAAUGCUUUUUCUCGCUCCGGUAUCACAUGUCACCGUCGAGCCGUGCAGCGUACAGUGGGGAAGUGCAGGCACUUCCUCCUUCCUACCGCACUGGUUGCGCCGGAGCCCAGUGAGUUUCAGAGGACGCGCGUCGCUCGAGGUUAUGGAGAGCACGAAGUAGCCUCGUCCCACUGGUUCCUCCGCGCUCGCUACUGGGAGUUACCAAUGUCACCCCGGAAAACCAUUCCGUUCCAGCCUAGUGCGUAAAAGUGCUCGGAGACCAGGCGUUUCUGCCGCAAUGGCUGCGACGUAGCGCAACUUCUGGAUCCACGGUGGACGAACGACGGCGAGCGCUCCAAACUGCCGCUAACUUUUUUUCUAUCAUUUUAUUUAUUUAUUUUUUUUUGCACAGACACACGGGAGAGUGAAACAUGAAGAAGCAGUUCAAUCGCAUGAAACAGCUCGCCAACCAGACAGUCGGAAGGGCGGAGAAGACUGAGGUGCUGAGUGAUGACCUCAUACAGAUCGAGAAGCGGCUGGAGACGGUGCGCUCUGUGUCGCACAACACCCACAAGAAGCUGGUGUCGUGUCUGCAGGGUCAGCUGGGCACAGACGCCGACAAGAGACACAAGAAGCUGCCGCUGACGACGCUGUCGCAGGCCAUGCAGGACGGCAGCGCCCAGAUCGGAGAGGACAGUCCCAUCGGCAAAAUGAUGGACGUGUGCGGAGAAGCACUGGGCAAGGUCGCCUCUGAGCUGAUGAACUACGAGGUGCAGCUGGAGAGGGACAUCUUGGACCCGCUCAACCAGCUGGCGGAGGUCGAAAUUCCCAACAUCCUUAAACAAAGAAAGCAACUGGCUAAGCUGGUUCUGGACUACGACUCGGCUAAGGCGAGGUGGUACCAGGCAACGAAGUCCAACAACCAGGCCAUGGCAGCGAAGGCCGACUCGCUCAAGGACGAGAUGGACGAGGCCAUAAAUAAAGUGGAGAUAUGCAAGGACCAGCUGUCUGCAGACCUCUACAGCUUUUCCUCCAAAGAGGGAGAAUAUGCACGUUAUUACGUCACGCUAUUAGAGGCUCAGGCAGAGUAUCAUAGAAAGUCUCUGGCAGCUCUGGAGGCAACGAUACCAACGAUCAAACGGCAGCAAGACUCCUGCGUGGAGAAGCCGGCGUUCGGCACGGCCCUGGAGGAGCACCUGAAGAGGAGCAACCGCGAGAUCGCUCUGCCCAUAGAGGCCUGCGUCAUGAUGCUGCUGGAAACGGGCAUGAAAGAGGAGGGUCUUUUCAGAAUAGCUGCCGGAGCUUCAAAGCUGAAGAAGCUCAAGGCGGCGCUGGACUGCUCCACGUCGCAGCUGGAGGAGUUUUACUCCGAUCCGCACGCGGUCGCUGGAGCCCUGAAAUCCUACCUCAGGGAACUUCCUGAACCUCUAAUGACGUUUGGCCUGUACGAUGAGUGGACACAGACCUCCAACGUGUCGGACCCUGAUAAGCGGCUUCAGGCUCUCUGGGUGACAUGUGACCGUUUGCCAAAGACUCACAAAGCCAACUUCAGGUACCUGGUGAAGUUCCUGGCUAAACUGGCUCAGGAAAGCGACGCGAACAAAAUGACUCCCAGCAACAUCGCCAUCGUGCUGGGACCCAACCUGCUGUGGUCCAAGACGGAGGGGACUCUGGCGGAGAUGGCGGCAGCGACGUCUGUCCACGUGGUUGCCAUCAUUGAGCCCAUUAUCCAGCACGCGGACUGGUUCUUCCCUGAGGAGGUGGACUUCAACGUGUCGGGCAUGUUCUCCAUGCCCAGCCACCCCCCCACCCCGGACCUGGACUCCAACCUGGAGCGGAGGCGCCCCGGCAGCUUGGGGGGUCCGGACGGCGACGCCCACACCCCCCGUAAAGACAGCGCCGGUAACAAACAGCCGGAGCCCGCUCCACGUAGAGCCAACACUCUAAAUAGAAAGCAGCCACAGCUAACGUCACCCACCUUCCACCCCCCGCUGCCGCCCCUGGAGGCCUGGGGCCCCUCCCAGCCCGAGCCCCCGCCGCAGGCGCCGUCCCCGGCCGCGGAGGCGGAUCAGCCCGCCCCGGGUGGCGCCGGGGGUGCUUGUGCUGGCGGCGGUGGGGCCCAGGUCGCGGCAGUGCAUCCUCAGGUUGUAACCCAGCUCAGCACAGAGGAGAGCAGCCCGGCCCGUGACCUGGCGUCCACGCCCCCUCCCCAGAGGAACGGUGUGGCCCAGCUCGCUCCAGGCACCCCACAGGGCGGGUCCAGAGGGCCGAGCCCACACAUGGUCCGCAGAGGCACCAAGAAGCAGGCCCCGGCGCCGCCGAAGCUGGCCAGCCCCUUCGCCUCCCAGCCCGGCGGCAUCCAGUCCCCCUUCGCCUCCCAGCCCGGCAGCAUCCAGUCCCCCUUCGCCUCCCAGCCCGGCGGCAUCCAGUCCCCCGUCUCCCCCCACCACCCGCCCAUCAUCCCCCGACGCAACACAAGCAAGGACGCCCUGUUCCAGGCCCCGAGCCACCCUCCCCCGCAGCCCCCCCAGCCCCACCAGCCCCAGGGGGAGACGGAACCCUCCCCCCCGAGCUCUCCCACCCUCCCCGCCUCUCUGAACCACGAAGCCGGCGCGCCGUCCUCCUACCACUCCCUCCCACGGCCCUCCCGUCCGGCCCCGAAGCCGCGGCCGCGGCCCAGCAUGCCGCCGCCCCCUCAGCCCGCGGCCAAUGACAACGGUAGCGGCCCGUGCAGCUCCUCCUCCAAGAUCAUAACAGAUGGAGGCCUGGUCCUGAAGGCAAGCGGAAGAGCGCCUGCCAUUGAGGUGACUGUGGAGCAACAAGGGGAGAGCUCUGCUGGUCAGGAGCCCACCACCACCACCACCACCACCCCCACCCUGGGCCAUUCCUCAGACCCCUACAGUCAGACAGAAAGCACCGCUCUGUGAAAGAAUCUGUGCAGAUUUGGAUGUUUUGAAUCACAUAUCAAACAGGUAACUGCCCUGUGUCUGUUUGCUGCAGCUCUUUGAGCUCCACUCCUGUGUUGUCGGGCUGCUUCCUGGAGAAAAAGUGCUGCCUCUGUCUGUUAUACUGACUCAAACCAGAAACCUCGUCUUAUUACAGCAGUGGCUUAAACCACAAAACCCUUGUUCAGCUAUCAAUUUUGGUAUCAGGCUUUACAUUGAACUCUUCUUUGCUCUGUAUAGUGCUGGAUAUUUUCAUAUUGAACUGCAGAGCCUUUCAAGACACAGGGCUAAUUGAACUAAUAUGCAACAUCAGCAACAGCUGAAGCCGUGAAUCAGGUUCUGACUGGUAGUUUGUUUUGUCCUUUACAAGCACAGACAUCUGCAAAUGUUCCCACAUGGCUGGUGAUGAAACAUCAUAGAGUUCAAUGGUUUCCAAAAAGUUAUGUUCAGCUUAGAUUUGCUUAUCAUUUAAAAUGACACUCCGCUGCAAAAAGACCAAAGAAAUGGCCGUAGGCCAAGAGAAAUCCAAUCCAAAUCUAGACCUGCUCCACUUUUAAAUGUCUAAAGACCAAAUAUUUUGCAAAGAGUGCAAUAUAAAAAAUGCAGUUGUCUUACAGUGACGUAUUCCAUUCAGCACAAAAAUCACUUGAUCAUCUCCAGCAACCCAGUGGGUUAGAAUUAAAUUUAGUUUUUCCAUCUAAAUUCUUCAAAUGUCAACCUGACCUGAUUUCUAUGAUGUUAAAAAUUGUUGGUAUUAUUAAAAGGGAUUUUGUUUUGUAAUGAACGGACUGUACGGGAUGAGCAAGCAGGGCAUAACUUGUAUAUGAUUCCUCUCAAUCUCAAAGCAAAAUUCAGCCAAAUAAGUUUAUUUUUGUUCAUAAUGUUUUUGUUUCUGACAAUCUCCACCUUCUUGGGAUAUUUGAGCACUGUGUUUUUUUUAAUUUUCUGCCUUUUUCUGGUGUUUUUUCUGGAUAUAUUACAUCAAGCAAUGCAAAAAUUAGUCUUAACAAUAAAAAAGAUUGUUCUGCCUUU